AAACUGAGUCACCCUCACAUUGUUAAAUUUUAUGGCACUUCACUGCUGCUGGAACAAGAUUCCGUGAGAAUUAUCCUGGUUUUAGAAUGUUGCAAAGGAAACCUACAGAACCACAUCUUUAAAAACCACCACUUAAUUCCUGGGAAAUCAAGAAGCGCUGAUGCCAUAAGAAACGCUCGUCAAUGGGUCGAAGAAAUCACUGAUGCUCUGGCGUACAUUCAUGAACAGGGAAUAGUCCACAGAGACCUCAAGCUUGAAAACGUCUUGGUAUAAUGCAAAGUGUUGUUAUAGCUCUUUAAUUAACAAGCUAAGUAGAGGACAGCGAUAUACACAAUAUAUAUAUGAGUCAGGACAAAUUAGUUGUGUUUAGACUUAAUCUGUCGUGCUUUUGUCUUUGUUAAGAGCCUGUCUGAUAUUAUAUUGAGAUAAAAAGCAUUUCGCAAUAAGAGAUUAACAUUUAGACAUCAAAGAACACAUAUUAAAUCUACGGACCACUUUCGGUUGCAAAAGUUUUCGACAUUGACUCUGAUUUUUAACUUCUCUAACGAUUUGUGGGUGAGUUAUUUUACAAGCAUGUUUCAAGUCAUGAGUCAGUUUGAAAACAACAGGAAAGUGCGAAAAUGGCCUUCAGAAAGUUUUGAUCAUCUUUCAUGUUAAAUAAUUUUUGCAAGGCUGACAGAGGUUGGCAUGGGUCCCCCAGACUCAGUGCUUCUCAAGUGUAACAUACGAUAGUGUUCUUAGCCAGGCAGUGUUCCUAGCGUGCUCAACUGUACGCUGAUAUGCUGGGAAGGUAUGGUUAAGAAUAAAACAUAUUCUGGCUUACUAUUAAUGAUAAUGAGCGACGUUUUAAGGCAUUUCACUACGAAAAAUUCAAUAAGGCACUGCUUAGAGUUGAUUUUAGUAUAAAAUAAUACAAGAUUUAAGAACAUGUGUGGUAGUUAAAUAGUGAAAUCCUACUUUAAUUUUAGUUUCCUUUUUCUUUAAAGCUGUCAGAGGAAAACUCAGUGAAAGUUACAGAUGUUGGCAUAUCUAUAGCAGUAGCAGACAUUACUGGUACCAUCGCUGGAAGCCCUGCCUACAUCGCACCAGAAGUGUUCCACUCUAAGGUGUAUGACAGCAAAGCAGACAUCUACAGUCUUGGUAUAAUGUUGUGGGAGAUCUGGUACGGAAAGCAGGCGUUUUCAAAAAUUGUAUCCUUGAACCUUCACGAUUUCUUCGGGGAGGUGGAUAGCGGGUGUCGUCCAGAACUUUUAAAAGAUCACGUGGAUCCUCCUCCUUGUUGGGAAGAACUAAUGAAGGCUUGUUGGGAGGCGAUGCCAGAGAAGCGUCCUUCAGCUAAGCAAUGCCAUGACCGAGUUUUAGAUUUUUUUUGA